GGCUGUUUGCCCCCGCGAGGUGCCCCAGGCUGCCACGUGCUGACCAUUAAGGUCAGCAUGAUCCCGGGAUUGGGGCCGGUGAUCCAGGCGGUGCUGGGGACGUUCCUCACCUGGGGGCUGACGGCGGCGGGCUCAGCGCUGGUGUUCGUGUUCUCCAGCGGCCAGAGGCGGAUCCUGGAUGGGAGCUUGGGCUUUGCUGCAGGGGUCAUGCUGGCUGCUUCCUACUGGUCCCUGCUGGCCCCAGCCAUCGAGAUGGCCGAGGAGUCGGGCAGCUUCGGAGCCUUCUCCUUCCUGCCAGUGGCCUUGGGCUUUGCUCUGGGAGCAGCUUUCGUGUACUUGGCCGACCUGCUCAUGCCAGUCCUGGGUUUCAGUGGCCCUUCCCACGCCGCCCUGGCCUUGAGCUGCGACCCCCGAGCCGCGAAGGAGAAGCAGGAGCAGGACCCUGCCCGUCCCCUGGACUGUGGGAGCGAGCUGUCCAUCCGGAUAGGUAGAGCUGGGCUCCAUCCAGACAAGGGUGAGAACGGGGAGCCCUACCAGAGGAGGAGAGGUGUGGGGUCCAGCCUGCCCGACGGCCCCCCGGCGUUCCCGGUGCCCAGGGACGGAGCCUGCACGCCCGGCAGCAGCAGCUGGAGGCGGAUAAUGCUCAUGAUCCUCGCUAUAACCAUCCACAACAUCCCAGAGGGUCUGGCAGUGGGAGUUGGAUUCGGGGCUAUUGGAAAAUCCGCAUCUGCAACAUUCCAAAGUGCCAGGAACUUAGCCAUUGGGAUUGGGAUCCAGAAUUUCCCAGAGGGCCUGGCUGUCAGCCUGCCUUUGCGAGGGGCUGGAUUUUCCACGUGGAAAGCGUUCUGGUACGGGCAGCUGAGCGGGAUGGUGGAGCCCUUGGCCGGCGUGUUCGGAGCCUUCGCCGUGGUGCUGGCAGAGCCUCUCCUGCCCUACGCCCUGGGCUUCGCCGCCGGGGCCAUGGUCUACGUGGUGAUGGACGACAUCAUUCCCGAGGCACAGACCAGUGGCAAUGGGAAGCUGGCAUCCUGGACCUCCAUCCUGGGCUUUGUGGUGAUGAUGUCCCUGGACGUUGGGCUCGGGUAGGGCAGCGCUGCAAUCCCAGGAGAAGAAUUCAGAGCCGUGCGCGGGUUCGGAGCCGGGUGCGCGUCAUCCUCCGGACUGGUUUUGUACAUAUCUUUCUGGGAUCUGGUUUGGUGUUGAUUUCCUAUAAUUUUAUAUCUCUCUCUCCCCCAAUGUCAUGUUGAUGGUUUUCAAAGCACAAAUACGGGUGGUUCCUCCCAGAUCCCGCUUUCCUUUCGCCACCAGGUUUGCUUUUCCUCUCAGGGGGGGUCGUUGGACCACGCUGGGCUGGUUUCUCCGAGUCAGGUCACUCGGGGAUUUUGAUCAUCUUUGCUCUGUAGAAGGUUAGAAAUUCUCUGUCCUGUGUUGAAGCUGGUCUGUGGUUAAGCACUGAGGCAUUGGAAUGGAGUAAACCCCUUAGGGAGUCUGGAAUUCCACCCUUUUUUUGGGAAGGCAGGUGGAAGGCGUUAGGGCUGCGAUAACACACACAACAUAUCGCAGGACUGCAGGUCUCCCGUGUCCUGCUGGUCCUUGGGAAUGCUUCAGGGAAUUUGUUUUGAUGGAUGCAAAUAGUCCAGGCAAAUAAAAAUGAAUUUUCUUGGGAUCUCUUCAAGGGGGAAAUGUCUUUUUUUUUUUUUUCCUAAAUUUAUCUAAGUGAGACACUGUUCUGAUGAGUCGUGUGCAGUGUUUCAGGGUUUUCAGGAAAAAAAAAAAACAAACAGGAAAGAAGAAUUUUAGUGUUUCCCAGCAUGUACUCUUUGACAAGGCAAGGUGUGGUCCUCCACACUGUCGCUGAUGUGCUGCCUGAUGCCGGAUACAAUUCCACAUGGACCCGUGUUUGGCCUUCCUGAGGGAUUGCUGGUUCUGCUGGGCCAUAACUCCCUGAAGAACCAAGGAAAGGUUUGGUGGUGAUGGUCCUGGUCACACUUCACCUGCAGAAGAGCCAAGUCAGCACCUGAGUGUGCUGGGAGCCCUUGUCUUCCUGAGCAGCGUCAGGAUGAAUUCAUUCCUCAGGAUGAAUUAAUUAUCCCACCUGAAGAGCCAGAAACGUGCAACGUGGAUCCUGCCUCUUCACCUGGCCUUUCUAAGCAUCUCUUGUGGAAUGGCUCUUCCUGAGCAGGCAGGAUUGAUCCCUUCCAGGCUGAGGAGUGAAUCCUGCCCAUCCCUGUGCCCGGCACACACUCGAGUGAGGAGGGAAUCGCCACAGUUGGAAGGAUGCUGCAAAUCCCAGCUCCCCCUCGCCAGGGAUGCUUCAGUCUUCAGCACAAAGGGCUUCCUCAGACUGGAUAACUGGAUCACCUGGCUGCCUCCUGCUGCUCAGUCCCUCUGGAAGUGGUGCUGGGAUGUCACGGAUCACCUGCUGGAGGGGCAGCCAGAGGGAACAGGCUUGAAUGAAUUAAGCUGGAGUUGUACAUUUUCAUUUGGUUCUUUCUUUUUUGCUUGGAUUUAAUUUCUACUUCAUUUGUGGAUCACUCUGGAUGAUACAAAACUACUCUUUGCCAAUGGAUUUGACCUUUCAACUGUGAUUGGUUUCAAUAAAUGGGAAAUUGAGAGUUUGCACUGAUUCGUUUUACUGCUGUAAAACCGUGGCUUUGCUGCUUCUCCCUCUGUUCUGCUGUGUUUCCUUUCUCCAGCUUAAUUGUUUCUGGCUUGUCCAAGGUCCUGCCUCUUGGCCAGGAAGGCAGCUGCUUUGGGGAUGAAAAAAAAAGGGAGAAAAAGCCAAGGAAAGGCAGUUUUGCAGUGCCUCAUCCAGACAGCGGUGAGCGUGUGUUCCUGGGGACCACUGGGCUGCCCAGGUG